UCUCCUCUCGUCUUCACAAACCUCUACAAACCUCCACAUUUCUCAUAUAAACUUGGCCAUAACACGCACGACAUUAUUGAUCUCAAAUUCUUACAUCCUAAACUAUCACGUUCACCUGAAGGACCGAAUACUGGUAGCUAAGGAUGCGAAUAAUAUCGUUCAAAUACGGCCCAGCGAGGAAAAAUGAAGAUGAUGAUCCAAGUUGUUGGGAUGAGAUCCAUUCACCUCAUUUGAUAUUACUCAAUAUAUCAUCAAUUCCAAGAAACUUAUAUCAAUUAACGAAGUCACACGACAGACAGCGAGACUCGAGCUGCAUAGGAAAAUCAAUUACUAUUCGCCAUAAUUGAACGUUGGAUUUCUACCCCAGAAAGUAAUCCUUACUUUCCGAUGGCAUCCGCCUUCCCCGCAAUUGGUUGUUGGAGACUUUUGAUACCUUUUUGACCCUUCAACCUGCAUUUUUUAAGACUUUUUUAUGGCUAAAAAUGCCCUUUCGGAUUCGGAAAUCCUAGUAAGUCGUCAAUACAAAGACAACCCAUUCUUAAAUACACUACCCAAACUGUCAUCUUAUUGUCAUAUGUUACGUUCUUAUCCCGUAGGUAAUUGAGCCAAGACCUGAAAAUCAGCCCAGAAAUUCGAUCCCCCAGAAUUUGAAUAUUCGUUGUGGUCUCAUAGUUUGGGGAUCAUUUCGUUUUGAUGUCACUUAUUGGAUGAUUUCUAUUCUGUCACAUGUACCGUACCUAGGUAUUUCCUUAUGCAAGCCUUAGAGCUUUUUCUCCAUGCAUCCAAUUAGCAUUUUUUAACUACCAAAAGUAGUGAAUCCCCUUGCUCGUCUCAUGGCACUUUCCAACGGGUUUUACCCAAUUACUCCUAUUUAGAUGCGAACCAGAAUCGUUCCUGCCCUCCCCCUCCACAUAAGAAUAACCUCUUCCUUCGAGCUCCCAAAUUCUGGACUCUUACACAACAUUAAUUACAUACAAUUUUUCCUCUUAAUUCAACAUCUCCUGCAGAAUUCCUUUUGGCAUAUACCACAUUCUUCUCAUUCUUUAAUCCAUCCUUCUUGCUUGACCUCUUAUAAGGAUAUCAAUCAAUAAGAUGGGUAUUUCAAUCGUGAAGCCUAAGGGCGUUCCAGGCAGAUCAUGGCCAGCAGUAAGUGUCUACCUACGUACCAUUUUCAACCAUGAUUAACGGUUUAAUCAGAUCGUCAUUGGAUGUUUUGUUGCAUUUGGUGGUCUACUUUUCGGUUAUGAUACAGGUACUAUUGGUGGUAUCCUCGCUAUGGAGUAAGUUAACGGUACAUAAAAUCACUUCAAUGCAUAUUUUUACUAACACCUAAACUAGCUACUGGCAGAAAGAAUUCUCUACUGGCUAUGUCAAUCCAAAGAAUCAUCUUGAUGUUUCUCCUUCCCAAUCUGCGGCGGUUGUCUCUAUUCUAUCGGCAGGUACCUUCUUCGGCGCACUCACUGCGGCUCCUCUUGCGGACUUUUUUGGUCGCCGUAUUGCUCUGUUGAUAUCUUCCGGUAUUGUUUUUAAUUUCGGUGUUAUCUUACAAACUGCCUCUACUGCUCUGCCAAUGUUCAUUGCUGGUCGUUUCUUUGCUGGUUUUGGAGUUGGUCUCAUCUCUGCUUUAAGUAAGUUCUGUGAUUUUGCCUCAAUUCAAUACGUUUUGCCUAUUUCUAAUUUCCAAUUAAUCCUAUUACAUGGACGGGUCAAGCGGUGAGCUAACACGAUUUCUCCAAGUUCCACUUUAUCAAUCAGAGACUGCGCCUAAAUGGAUUCGAGGUGUUAUUGUUGGAUGUUACCAAUUGGCUAUCACAAUUGGUCUGCUUCUCGCAGCUGUUGUCGAUAAUGCUACACAAGGCCGAAAUGACACUGGAUCAUAUAGAAUUCCAGUUGCAAUUCAGUUUCUUUGGGUUGGUCGCUUCACCUUGAGCUCCGCUUGUACUUCAUUAACACCAGUUUAGGCUAUCAUCUUGGUCGUCGGAUUAUUGUUCUUGCCUGAAACACCUCGUUACUUAAUCAAGAGGGGACAGUACCAGAAGGCUGCCCGGUCUCUCUCCAAGCUCCGUCGUCUCCCUGCUGAUGAUCCAUAUAUUCGUGAUGAAUUGGCUGAAAUUACAGCUAAUCAUGAAUAUGAACUACAACUUGGUCAAGCUUCUUAUGCGGAUUGUUUCAGAGGUGGUAUGGCUAAAAGACUUGCAACGGGAUGUUUACUUCAAGCUUUACAACAACUUACUGGUGUUAAUUUCAUCUUUUGUAAGUCUGUUUCGUUUAUAAACGUUUGAGAGAGCAUUGCUAAUUUGGAUCCCUAGACUACGGUACUCAAUACUUCAAGAAUUCUGGCAUCACAAAUGCCUUUGUCAUUCAGAUGAUUACCAGCGCUGUCAAUGUUUCAUCUACUCUUCCUGGCUUGUACGGAAUCGAAAAAUUUGGUCGUCGUCCACUUCUAUUAUGGGGAGCUGUUGGAAUGUGUGUUAGUCAACUCAUCGUCGCCGUCUUAGGUACGACCACCACCGGACAAACAGCAACAGGUGAUGUAUUCGCAAAAAACGUUGCUGCCCAAAAGGCAUCCAUCGCUUUCAUUUGUAUCUACAUUUUCUUCUUCGCUUCCACUUGGGGACCUCUCGCAUGGGUUGUCUGCGGUGAAAUCUUCCCCCUCAAAGUCCGUGCCAAGGCUCUUUCCAUGUCUGUCGCCACCAACUGGCUUCUUAAUUGGGCAAUUGCAUACUCCACACCUUAUCUCGUCAACUACGGAAAAGGCAACGCUAAUCUUCAAUCGAAGAUUUUCUUCAUCUGGUUCGGUUGCUGCUUUGUGUGUAUCGCCUUUGUUUAUUUCAUGAUCUAUGAAACUAAGGGCUUGACACUUGAACAAAUCGAUGAACUUUAUGAUAGCAAUACUACUGCUAAGGAUUCAGUUCAUUGGAAACCCAGCAAAAAUUUUGUUGAUUUGGUGGAUGGUCAUGAUCAGGUUGGUGAUCUUGGUCAUGAUAAUAAUGGUGGUGUUUUGACGGAUGAGAAGGCUACGACUACUCAUUCUCAAGCUCAUACUCCGGGUCAUAAUACUGGGGUUACUACCGGUCUUGAGUAAACUCAGUCGUGGGGUUUCUCAUUACCGAUUAUCUGGGAUCGAAUUUCGUUGGUUUGUUGGUUGUUGGGAUUCGAUGUUAUGGUGUUUUUCCUCUUUUUUUUUCUAACUUGCGAUGAUACCUAGGGUUUGUGGAUUAUGGAUUAUGGCUUACGAUCAGAUCAGAUCUGUUGUCCGUUGUAGGUCAAUCGAUAGAUCUGAAGGGUCUGUAAAAAAAUUUGGGCAGCACGGUCCGGUUCGGUUGAUGGUUGAUGGACCGAUGGAUGGAUAUGCGUCGAUGGAGAGAGAGAGCAGCUAGAGUAUCUUGACUCGGGAUUGGGAUUGCGAUGGAUGAUGGAUCAUGGGCGACUGGAUGGAUGGACGAUGCAAGCAUGCAAGAAGGAAGGAGUAGGAGUGAGUGAGUGUAUAUCUUAAUCCUAUUACACUAUACACCUAGAGUACCUACUACCUACUAACUAGGUAUCGCAUUACCUAAUCUAACCUAUUUGCAUUACUCUACUUGUUUAGUUUACUCUACAUACCCUAAUUACUCAACUUAA